AUGGCGAAGAAGCAAGAAGCGGCAGAGAAAUCAAGAAGCCAAAAAAAUUCAAAAUCAAAAAUCAAAAUCAAACAGAAGAAAAAUGAUGAAGCUGAAGAGCCUGAAGUUGCAAUCGUGCCGUCUUCGAGCACUGAAUCCCAAAACGACGUCGUUGAAGAAUCCAGCAGGGAGGAGGAGAACGGAAUAAUGGGAGAACAGAUGGUAAAACGGAAAAGAGAGGAGAUGGAGAAGAACGGUAAAAAGGAGGUGAAAAAUAAGGGAAAAAGGAAAAUUGGAAAGGAGGAAGAAGAGGAGGAGAAUAGUGGGACUACUACAUUGUAUAAGUUUCCAAUGAAUCGGGUCAGUCGGAUUAUUAAGAGCGAGGAUUCGGAUCUUCGGAUUUCUCAGGAGGCGGUUUUCCUCGUCAACAAAGCUUCGGAGAAGUUUCUUGAACUGUUCUGCAGGGAGGCCUAUGCUUGUGCUUUUAUGGAUAGCAAGAAACAUAUCGGAUACAACCAUCUGUCAUCAGUUGUUUCCAAGCGAAGGAGAUUUGACUUUCUCUCAGAUUUUGUUCCAGAAAAGGUAAAGGCUGAGGAUGCUUUGAAACAACUGUCAAUGGCUGAGUGA